AUGGCAUCGUCGGCAACCUCUUCCCUCCGCAGCCUCGUCAGGCCCUCGAUCCCCCUCGCGCCUCGCAUCCAUCCCGUUAUCCUCUCUCGAGUAGCAUUCUUAUCAACCACGACCGCUAGGGCCGCUGCGCCUCCUCCGACGAUAAAAUCCCGAAGAGAUCUCCCGAAAAAGGUCAAGCGAACGUUCAAAAAAAAGACCAAUGUGGUGGCCGUCAAGAAACCCAAUCCCGGAGAGCGCAAGGCGUUCCGCAAGCGCAUCCAACUAAGCAACAAUAGUGCUUUGCCAGUGCGGAACAUUGACGAGUUAACGCCGGAGACUUUGGCAAAUUUAGAGAGCAAGGGCAAGAUGUUUGCCCUGCCGGAUAAAGUGGUCGACCAGUUGAGAGCUCUGGAAGCAUUCAAAACAACGCAGACGUGGAACUUGUUUAGGCGGCCGCAUUUCCUGGUGAGGGAGGAAACUGUCCAAUUGAUGAUCAAGAUGGAAAAAUCUAUAGAAAAGAAGGAAGCGUUGAAAUGUGUGCUCACGGGGAGCAAGCUGUCCGGAAAGAGCCUGGCACUGCUGCAGUCCAUGUCGUAUGCUUUGAUGAAUGACUGGGUUGUUGUGCACAUUCCCGAAGGCCAGGACCUUACCAACGGCAACACCGAAUACUCCCCCGUUGAAGGCACCGAGCCCAUGCAGUUCGCCCAGCCCGUCUACACCCUCAAGCUCCUCCAAAACAUUUACAAAGCCAACAAGGCUGUCCUGGAGAAACUUGCCCUCCAAAAGGACUGGUCACGCUUCACCCACCUCAAGCAGGGUGCCACAGUAGCCGACCUGGUCCUCAGCGCCAAGGAAAGCGAAAACGCCUGGCCGACACUCGAAGCCCUCUGGACGGAACUCACCUUGCCGGGCCGGCCGCCAGUGCUCCUCGCCCUCGACGGCCUUGCGCACAUCAACAAGAUGAGCGACUACCGUGACUCGUCAUUCAACCAGGUGCAUGCCCACGAGUUGUCGCUGGUACGUCUCUUUGUCGACGCGCUUUCGGGGAAGACGAAGCUCCCCAACGGCGGCGCCAUUGUCGCUGCCACGUCCGACAACAACACACACUACCAUCCUUCGCAAGAGCUCGUCCUCUCGCAACUGGAGGCCGGCCAGGCCGGUCGCGAGAUCCCCAAGCCUGAUCCCUACGAGAGGAAGUACGACGAACGCGUGUACGAGUCGCUCAAGAACAGUUACGUUCUUCGAAUCGGGGGCGUGUCCAAGGAUGAGGGGAGGGUGUUGAUGGAGUACUGGGGCGCAAGUGGUAUGCUGCGCAGCGUCUUGAAUACAAGUACCGUGACGGAGAAGUGGGCUCUUGGCGGGCAUGGCAUCGUCGGUGAGAUGGAGAGGGUGUCGCUGAUGACGAUGAGGAUGUAA